CCACGCCCUGAACUCAAACCGGGCAGCGUAGGUGAAGCAGGCACUGUACAAACAUGUCAGACUUGCCUCCACCCCUUUUCCUCCUCCCGCUCGCUCCCGCCGCCUUUCCCCCGGCAGUUUAGCGGCGUGUCAGCGGAUCCCGGUGGCGGAGCGCUCGCACCUCAGCCCUGCCUGCGGAGCGAUGAGGAGCCGGGGGGAUGGUCCUGGAAGGGGAGAGAAACCGGGAGCUGGAUUCCUUUGGGAAGGACUUUACUUCGUCUUUACUCCUAUAGCCCAGCAACACCGUCCUCCAAUCGGCUUUGCUGCAUGACAGUGGGAGAGGUUCCCCUCCGGACCCUUCUUUCUCCUCUCACUUGGAGUUGUCCUCUACCGGCAUUGUUGCAGCAGGACUGCCAGACAUUAAUGCUUUAAUGUGUUUGGGGACAGAGUACUGACAAACCAGAAGAGAAGUUUGUGGCUGGGAAAUUCGCAAGCAGAGGAAGGAGCGAAAUACUUAGUGCAAAUGGCUUAAAGCAGCUUGGACUUACCUACACCAACUGCAAGCACCAUGUUCCGCAAGAAAAAGAAGAAACGCCCGGAGAUCUCUGCUCCGCAGAACUUUGAGCACCGCGUCCACACUUCCUUUGACCCAAAGGAGGGCAAGUUUGUGGGCCUGCCGCCUCAAUGGCAGAACAUUCUCGAUACCCUAAGGCGCCCCAAGCCGGUGGUAGACCCGUCGAGGAUCACAAGGAUGCAACUCCAGCCUAUGAAGACCGUGGUGAGGGGCAGCACAGUGGAAGUGGAAGGGUAUAUCUCCGGGAUACUCAACGACAUCCAGAAGCUUUCUGCCAUCAGCUCCAACACCCUGAGGGGAAGGAGCCCCACCAGCAGGAGGAGAGCGCAGUCCCUGGGGCUCCUGGGGGAGGACAGACCCCCCGACAUGUAUCUUCAGAGUCCUGAAGCAGAGUGGGCGGACAAGUACGGAAACUACCUCAAUUGCAACGGCGGGAGCAAGGUGACCCGGAGGCAGACGAUGUGGCCCGAUUAUAAAGCCCGGUUGGAAGGGCAGGCUCAUCCCAACGGCAUGGUGAUGAAAGCCCAGUCCCUCGGGCCCUCCGAGUUCCAGGGUGCCGACGGCAGCUGCCUGCAGCGUGCCUCUGGGUUGCAGCACAUGCCGACCGUGCCGGGGGACAGCGAGAAGGCAGGAAGGAAGAGCUCGGAUGAGUGCUGGCCUCAGCCUUGUCUGCUCCGACAGGCAAGCUCCAGGCCCGCAGGGGAGGGCAGCCCCAGCUCCAAAUCGAGGGAGAACAGCUUGAAGAGGAGGCUCCUGCGCAGCGUGUUCCCCUCAUCGAGUGGCUCCAACAAGCCAGGCCCUUCCCUGCAGAUGAAGCCUAACGCCUUCUUCAGGCCCCAGCAAUGGGGCUCCCCGCGCAGCCCCGCAGCCAAAGCCCAGUCUCUUCCACCGGAGCAGCCCGCAUCCGAUUUCCCCAGGGUGAUCUCAGAAGCUGGGAGCCCACACAAGUCCCCACCGGUGGAGAAGGCGACGGCAGCGCCGCAGGGCCGGCCCUCCCCUGCCGGCUCUCCUCGGAACAGGCAGACUCAGACGAGCUCCAGCAACCUCCACCUUCCCCAGGACUCCUCUGCGAAGGGGCCGCCGGCCGGAGAGGAGCCGGUGGUGGUGACUCACGAGCAGUUCAAGGCUGCCCUGAGGAUGGUCGUGGACCAAGGCGACCCGCGGACGUUGCUGGAGAACUACGUGAAGAUCGGCGAAGGCUCCACGGGCAUUGUGUGCAUCGCUCGAGAGAAGCACUCGGGGCGGCAAGUGGCUGUGAAAAUGAUGGACCUGAGGAAGCAGCAGCGCCGCGAGCUCCUGUUUAAUGAGGUGGUGAUAAUGAGGGACUACCAACACGUCAACGUAGUGGAGAUGUACAAGAGCUACCUGGUGGGAGAGGAGCUCUGGGUGCUGAUGGAGUUCCUACAGGGGGGAGCCCUCACAGACAUCGUGUCUCAGAUCAGGCUAAAUGAAGAGCAAAUUGCCACAGUGUGUGAAUCAGUGCUGCAGGCUCUGACCUAUCUUCACUCCCAGGGGGUCAUUCACCGAGACAUUAAGAGCGACUCCAUCCUUUUGACGCUGGAUGGAAGGGUCAAGCUCUCGGAUUUUGGCUUCUGUGCUCAGAUCAGUAAAGAUGUACCCAAGAGGAAGUCCCUCGUAGGUACUCCCUACUGGAUGGCUCCAGAAGUUAUCGCAAGGAUACCGUACACUACCGAGGUGGAUAUCUGGUCUCUGGGGAUCAUGGUGAUAGAGAUGGUGGAUGGAGAACCCCCCUAUUUCAGUGACUCUCCAGUCCAGGCAAUGAAGAGGCUCCGUGACAGCCCUCCUCCCAAGCUGAAGAACUUCCACAGGACCUCCCCAGUCCUAAGAGACUUCUUGGAGAGGAUGCUGACCCGGGAUCCGCUGGAAAGAGCAACGGCGCAAGAGCUGCUGGAUCACCCCUUUCUGCUCCAGACAGGACUUCCCGAGUGCCUGGUCCCCCUCAUCCAACAGUACAGGAAGAGAACGUCUACCUGCUGACCUGCCCAAGGGAAACGGCAGGGAAAACGAUGUUUAUUGGACCCGGAUUCACCAAGAGCCAGAGGUUUUGUUACUCCUGACCCGUGAAG